GGAUUGGAGUAGACAGAAUAAAGAGUGAACGACUGCUGCUGUGUUGUGUUGUUGAGAUGAUCAACAACAAUUUCAUCAAUUGCUUAUAAAACGGUUGCUUAAUUUCGCCAUUCCGCUUGUUUAUAUAUAUGGUGUUUGUAGUAUCUUUUCAGGGUUUCUGAUCAAAUGGCAUCCGCCUUUCUUUCAAGAACUUUCUUUGCAAAUCGUGUUGUUUCGUCUUUCGCCCUCAAUCAAAAGCCCCAAAAAUUGGCGUCCCUUCUCUUUAAGAAACCCCUUCAUUUGUGGGCUUCCUCAUCUCGUAUGGCGUAUAUGAGUACUUCCUCAAUUCGUAGUGACAUGGCUUCAACCGCGGUUGGAUCUACAGCUACUUUUUUAACACAGUCCAUGUCGACUACCGAGCCUGUUGUUUCAGUUGACUGGCUCCAUGCCAAUCUGCGUGAACCUGAUAUCAAGGUGUUGGAUGCAUCCUGGUACAUGCCUGAUGAACAGAGAAAUCCACUUCAAGAGUAUCAGGUUGCCCACAUUCCUGGUGCUCUUUUCUUUGAUGUAGAUGGGAUAUCAGACCGAACCACUAAUCUGCCACACAUGUUGCCAUCCGAUGAAGCAUUUGCUGCUGCUGUUUCUGCUCUUGGUAUUGAAAACAAAGAUGGAGUUGUUGUUUAUGAUGGUAAAGGGAUCUUCAGUGCCGCUCGUGUCUGGUGGAUGUUCCGAGUUUUUGGACAUGAUAGAGUAUGGGUAUUAGAUGGAGGCCUCCCCAGAUGGCGUGCCUCGGGAUUUGAUGUUGAAUCCAGUGCUUCUAGUGAUGCAAUAUUGAAGGCUAGUGCUGCAAGUGAGGCAAUAGAAAAAGUAUACCAUGGGCAGGCUGUUGGUCCAGUUACAUUUCUAACAAAAUAUCAGCCACAUCUUGUAUGGACACUUGAACAGGUUAAAAAGAAUACAGAGGAACAAACACAUCAACAUAUAGAUGCCCGGUCAAAGGCCAGGUUUGAUGGUGUUGCAGCCGAGCCUCGAAAAGGAAUAAGGAGUGGCCAUGUGCCCGGGAGUAAAUGUGUUCCUUUUCCGCAGAUGUUAGAUGCCUCACAGACACUACUAUCAGCAGACCAGCUUACGAAAAAGUUCGAACAAGAGGGAAUCUCAUUGGACAACCCUGUUAUUACGUCAUGUGGCACCGGAGUUACCGCAUGCAUUCUUGCAUUGGGACUCCAUCGACUCGGGAAGACCAAUGUUCCAGUUUAUGAUGGAUCAUGGACCGAAUGGGGAGCACAAGAGGAUACUCCUGUCUCAACUUCAACCUCAACUUCUUGACAUUAACGGGUACCCUGAGAAACCUCGUUCUGGCCCUUUUCGUUAUCGGUAGCGGAAAUUGUGCAUCAUAAACAUGGAUAUUUCCUCGUUCUAGUGUUUAAUCUUGGUGGGUUCUUUCCAGAUUUAUUCAACUACAAAGAUUUCUUCUUUUUUUGGUUAAACAUGAACCUUAUUGACCUCUUGAACCGAGUCAGGUUUCAAUUACCUUUUGAAGGUUAAACUUGUCCAAUUUGUGGAUGUCUUUUUAAGUAUAUAAUAUUUAUAUACGGUAAA